CCUCUUUCGAAGAAUAUCCCCUGGCCAGGUCCCCAAGGAAGACUUGGUGCACAAGCAGUUCUUAUUCAGCUAGCUUCAAGCGGCCCGACCUCUUCACUUUACGUCCAGGAUGGCCAGCAGUAUUCCUCAUGCGCCAUCGCCUGCUGAUGACGAGCCAUUGGCGGCUGACGACUUUUCUGACGCCGAUUCGGCACUCGGAGUGAACCCCGAGGACAUCUCGACAGCAUCGCUACGGUCGAGCAUCUACAAUUACCACCAGGAGAAUGGCCGGCAGUAUCAUGCCCUUAGCCAAGGAAAAUACGUAUGGCCGAAUGACGAAGAAGAGAAUAAUCGACUCGAUAUCCAAAACCACCAUCUUCUCUUGACCUUUGGAGGCAGGCGACACUUUGCGCCUGGCGCCGAUACAGCAAAGCGCGUUCUCGACGUCGGGACCGGAACUGGUAUAUGGGCCAUCGAAUUCGCCGACGAGCAUCCAAACGCAGAGGUUGUUGGAGUAGAUCUCAGCCCAAUACAGCCGUCUUUUAUUCCUCCCAACUGCGAGUUUGAAAUCGACGACGUCGAGAAGGAGUGGACGUGGUCCAAGAAAUUUGACUACAUCUUCAGCCGGAUGAUGGUUGGCAGCUUUGCGGACUGGGCGAAGUUUACGAAGCAGGCGUACGAUCGGCUGGAACCAGGCGGCUGGCUCGAAUUGAUCGACAUCGGCUUUCCCCUACAAUCCGACGACGGCACGCUCAACGACGACCAGGCCAUCGUGCAGUGGAUCAACCGUAUCAUCGAGGCGAGCCGCAAGAUGGGACGCGAUGUGACUGACGCGGCGCACCACGACCGGCGCCUAACCGAGGCCGGCUUCGUCAACGUCGAGAGGAGGCUCUUCAAGUGGCCGACGAACACGUGGCCACGGCUCAAGAAGCACAAGGAGGUUGGCCGCUGGACGCUGGCCAACGUCGACGGCGGGCUCGAGGGACUCAGCAUGGCGCUGAUGACUCGCGGCGGCGGUAUGACCAGGGAGGAGGUGCUGGCCUCACUGCCCGACGUGCGGAGGGACCUGAGGGAUCCGAGGAUUCACGGCUACUGGCCUAUCAUUGUGGUGUACGGCCAGAAACCCAAGGAAGGCGCCCAGAAAACCGAAUGAUUGAUUAGUGGCAGCAAGAUCAAGAUGGGGACUGUCGAUCCUGCAUAUGAAGGGAAGGAUAUGAGGGGUGUGGAUUAAAAAACUAUUACGGCUUAUCUCACUGUCUCCGUUCUCUGUCUCGCUGUCUCGUUGUCUCUUUGUCUUCCUGUCUCUGCAGCUCUCGCUCUCGCUCACGCUCUCUUCUCCGUGUGUCUCCUAGCAAGCAUAUCAAACAAGCAGUUAUCCAC